AUGUACACCUUUGACAACAACGAUAAUAAAAACAACAAUAAUAAUGAUAGUUAUAAAAAUGCAAAAAAUAAAAUCGGCAGAUGUGGAAGGUUUUUUUCUCCAUCUUUUCCUCAAAAUUACCCGCCAAAAUCGAGUUGCACGUAUCUAUUUAGAGGAAUUAGUGAUCAGGUGGUUGGGGUUUUGUUUGAAGAAAUUAAGUUGGAAACGACUGUUUAUAGCUGUUUAGACAGCAACGACUACAUCUUGGCUCGCGACGGGAGCGACGUCACCGAUCACGUGAUUCAGCAGAUUUGCUCACGUGACGAAUACGAUGAUGAUGAUGAUGACAGGAUGAUGAGGAUAAUGAUGACGUCAUCGAAACGUCAUCUAUUUGUUGAUUUCAUCGUUGACGAUUGUCAUCAGGGGAAAGGAUUCAAGGCUAGCUAUUCGUUCUUGGCAAGCGAGAGACAAUGGUUCCCGAAUUGCGAUGUCAACUUCACGAGUGUCAAGUUCAAAUCGGGAUUUUUCACCUCCCCUAAUUACCCCAUCCCGUACAGUGACGUCACGGCAGUGAUGUGUAGGUACUUGUUCGCUGGAGUGGGACUUGAAAGGGUGCAGCUGACAUUCAGCCAGCUAGAUCUGUCGCAUCCAGCCGAUGAUUCAAAAUCGCAUGGAUGCGAUGGCAUAGAUUCACUGACAGUGACGUCCUACGUAAGAGGCCUCCCAAGAGACAUAGGGGUCUACUGCAAGAGGGCUAAGCCACCCCUCAUCAUGUCUUCCGACAACAGAUUGGAGGUAAACUUAGUGACUUACGAAGGUCAAAAAUCACACCAAGGUCGGGGCUUUAGAGCCAAGUUUGCUUUCGUAACUGAUUUCGGUAUAAAAAGUGGAACCAAGGCCGAUGAUGUUGCUUGUGGUUACGCCUACCACAGCACAAAAAGUGGCAGCAAAGGAAGCAUAACCUCCCCAAACUACCCUGGCCUCUACCCGCGCUCGACCGAAUGCCACUACUUCUUCUACGGCAGACCCAACGAAUAUGUUAAAAUACACUUCAACUAUUUCGAUCUUGACGGAACAUUUCCUAAAUGCAUAGGCGACGACUACGUUCAGUUCUCCAACUUCAAUCUGCGCAUUUCUGACCGAAAAUUCAUGCGCUACUGCGGUCGACUCGGUGGCUCCAUGCUCCUGAAUGACGUCAUUUCAGAUGGAAAUUUUUUUAGAGUAACAUUUUCUUCAAAUGAAGUUUACGAUGGAUUUGGAUUUGAAGCUGUCUAUCAAUUCAUUGAAGCUUACAGUCAGUAUUGA